AGUUUAAUUAAAUAUAUCAACACUCACAUCAGUUGUCAUUUUUUAUAUUUAUAUUGGAUUAGACAGCUUGUCACCUUUAUUAAUAUAUACGUUUUCUUGCAGAGUCAUUAUGACCGAGGCAUGUUGCACCUGUGCCACUGUACUCUCCCCCUCACGUCCUUUCGAUAAGAACACUGAAAAGCAUUACUCUCGUGACAGAAGGCUAUCUUGUUGCGGGCGCGUGAUAUGUUCAGACUGUGUAUACAAUAAUACACGGUUCGCGACUUAUUGUCCUUUUUGCCAGAUCUCGACUACCCCUACUCCUUUACCUCAAGGUGGACUGAGGGAUCCCCCAGCUUACUCGCCUCCAGCUGAGAGUCAUCAAGGCUAUGAUGAGCUUCCCACUUAUUCUUCUCUAAAUUCAGAAGAGGUACAUUUUGGUGGAAAGAAUGCAGCCCUCACAGCGCGGUCGUCGGAAGAUGUUUUGCACUUUGUAGAUCCUGAGCAUGACAGCAUCGCCUCCUUAUCACUCCGAUAUGGUGUUCCUCAACAUGCUCUUAGGAGAUCCAACGGUCUUUUUGCAGAUCACUUGCUCGCAGCUCGACGAACCAUCCUGAUACCAGGUGAAUUUUAUAAAGGGGGUGUGAGCCUUAGUCCACGGCCCUUAGAAGGAGAAGAAGAGGAAACCCGCAAAGGAAAGAUUCGGCGGCUAAUGAUUGCUUGCAAGAUCACUGAUUAUGAUAUUGCGGUACUAUAUUUGAAGCAAUCAAAUUAUGAUCUAGAUGCUGCAGCAAAUGCUUUUAAAGCGGACGAGGACUGGGAACGAGACCAUCCUAUCACGGGCGUAAACGCCAAGGGAAAAUCUAAGCAAAAGUCUUACAGGCAGAACUUUAGAGCUCUCGGGGGCAGCCUAGCAAAUCCAUUGCCCUGAGUCUGAGGAACGCACGUUGAAGUUUAACUAUUAACGGGACACUCUGGAUUAAGUAUGUUGAUAGAUAUUUGCGUGUAAUAUUUAACGAUUGCUCGCCACACAAUAUGCC